UAUAUAAAUCCAUACUUUCACUUAAUGCUCUCUCUGGCUCCCCCCAUCCCACUCUCUCCCUCUCCCUCUCCCUCUCCCUCUCUCUCUCUGAGUUUUGGAUCCAGCAUAUCCAAGCUCUAGUUCUUAUAAGUCAGUCCCCAUUAGAUCUUUCAAGGCCAACACAAACCUAGGCUAGAGUGCUCAAAAUGGCUCCACCCAAGUACUUGAUCUGUUUCAGUCUCAGACAGGUACCUCUGCUUUAUCUUGUUUUGUUCUUGUUUACUUCUCUUCUCCUCUGUGCCUCCUCAGACAGUGAUCAACAGCAGCAGCUUCAAACCGAUCGAUUUCUUGUUAGAAGAAGAAUGUUGGAAGUGGAAACAUAUGACGACCAAGUACCCAAGAAAAAAAACACCAAUUUAUCCUCCAAGAAUCAAACCAAGCUCACCAGCCCUAGCCUAUCUACAAAAAACCAAACCAAGCCCAUCAAGACUGGCAGCCUAUCCACCAAGAACCAAACCAAGAUUACAAAAUCUACGAACUCAACAAAAGCAACACUCGCCGAUUCCCAAUCCAAGAAUCAGCUUAAGAAGCUCAAUACCACUUCUCAGCUCAAAAAGCUAAACUCCACUUCGCAGCUCAAGAAACUCAAUUCCACCUCGAAAACCUUCAACUCCACCAAAUCCAUUGCUGGUUCCACCAAGAAAACACCAGAUCUACUCAAACUAGGCUCAUCCACCGACAAAACAACUAAACCCACUUCCACAAAGCAAACACAAUCCCUCGUAGACAAGAAAGUCGGUAACCAAGAAUCUCAAAAACAAAACAAAAACCAAAAACAAACCAAUGAAAAAAAGACCACCCAAUCUAAAAAACAACCAAGCUGGAUUGGACAAGAUGAUGAAGAUGAUUUGGUUGCUGAAUUCAGAGAUCUUCCAUCAAAGUUUCAUCAAACUCUCAUACCAGACCUUGAGAGAAUCUCAAUAACUUCCAAGAAGUAUCUUACAAAAGCCAACAAUGAUUUGACCAGAGGGUUCAAGCCGAUUGUUGGAAACAAGUAUGCACCUACCAUUGCCUCUAUAGUCUCUUUUGCAUUCAUUCUAAUACCUCUACUUCUGGUUUCUCUUAUCUUUAACCACAUCAAAGCUUAUUUCUCUAUACAAAAGAUCUUGAUUUUCAUCCAAGUUUAUCUCUCAAUCUACUUCACCAUUCUAUGCCUCUCUUCAUUAGUUACUGGGCUUGAGCCCUUGAAGUUCUUCUAUGCUACUUCACAGUCCACUUACGUUUGCUUAAUGGUUCUUCAAACCCUUGGCUAUGCACUGUACUUGUUGUUGCUAUUGAUGUAUUUGAUCCUGGUCUUUUCCACGGAGUGUGGGUUGAGCUCAAAGUUUCUGGGCCUGGGUCAGACCCUGGUGGGCUACGCAGUUGGGCUGCAUUACUACGUGGCAGUGUUUCAUAGGGUUGUCUUGCACCAACCACCCAAGACUAAUUGGAAGGUUCAUGGGAUUUAUGCCACGUGUUUCCUCGUGAUUUGUCUGUUUGCUAACGCUGAGAGGAGAAAGAAGGCUUACUUGGAAGAGGGUGGUGAAGAGGGUAAGAAGAACUAGUUCGUAAAGAUUUUGAAGAAAAUGCAAUAAGGCUCGUUUUGUCAUCUGCUUUUUUCCUCUAAAUAUGUCUGAAUUCUAGAUAGUUUCAUUUGCUCCCAUCUCUUGUUAUCAAGAGGGAAUGGAGAACACCACCACAAUGUCUGGUGGGCAGUGUAAUGCCACUGGCCAAGCAACCAUGGAGUUACACCAGAGCAUCAAAAGUAGAAUAGAAGAAUCUCGCAAUUGUAUCAAAUUUCAUAUAAUCCUUGCAUUUGUAUUACAAAUAAGAAUGAAACUAGUAAUUUUACACUUUAA